CGCGCUUUAAUAGACAGUUUGACGUGCGGACUCCUCCAAAGCUGAGAGUGCGAGAUCUUCUGCAACUUUAUCUGCUUUAACCGCUACACAAAAAACAGACUCAAAAAAGGUUCAUCAUGGGAAACAGGUUCAGCAGAAGGCGAGAUGUCCCAGUGACCAGCGCUGAAGCUGUGGCCACUGAGCAGAAGGCUGCAGAGGAGCCGGCAGCUGCUCCGCCAGCAGAAGACUCUGCAGCAACACAGACUCAGGAGGUGACGGAGAACCUGGACGUGGUGGUGGGGGAGCAGGUGACAGUGGCGGCGUGUUUACCCACUGAAGAAUGUGCAUCAGAGUGUAAGGAGGUGGAAGCUCCUGCUGCCCCAGCCCCAGUAAAUGAACCAGAGCCUGUCGUAAAGGAAACCCCAGCUCCAGUCCAACCGGAACCUCUGGUCAUAGAGAGCAAACCAACACCUCCAGAGCCAGAACCUGUUGUUGAAGCCCCGCCUGCCCCAGAACCAGCCCCAGAGCCGGAGCCUGUCCCCGAGCCAGAGUCUGCCCCUGCUCCAGAGCCUGUCCCUGAGCCAGAGUCUGCCCCUGCUCCAGAGCCUGUCCCCGAGCCAGAGUCUGCCCCAGCUCCAGAGUCUGCCCCAGUUCCAGAGGCAGACGUUGAGCCAGUCCCUGAGGCCAUCCCGGAACCAGAACCAGCCCCAGCUGAGGCUGUAGAGCAGCAGACAGACCUGCUUUCCCAAGAGUCUCUCCCAGAGCCAGCGCUUUCUUCACCCCCUUUGAUCGACUUUGCUGUCCCCGAUGUCACUCCUUCCCCAGCUCCCAUCCCCGUCGCUACAGACGAGCCAGCGGAUGUCCCAGCCGGCGAGCAGUGCCAAGACAGCGUCGAGGUUGCCGAGAGUUCCACAUUGGAGCCAGAGCAGCCUGCAGAAACAUCAGAACCUCUGGAAAAGCUGGUGGAGGUGGAGCCGGCAGAGUGUUUGGAGAAGCUCGGGAGUGAUGUCAACGAGGAAAGCGUUUGUGAAAUCCUAAAGAACUUAGAGCUGAAGGGAAAUGACCUUGUCAAUGACCUCAUUCCAAGCGAUGUCAAGAUCCCCGACGACACUCCCAUCAUAGACAUGAGCACAUCCACUGAGCUGAUGUGAAUCCAUCGAAGACGAUUGAAAGAAGUGGAUAGAUGUUUUUUUUUUCUUUUUCUGUGAAACCCUUUUUAACCCUUUACAUGAAUUCUAAAUGGAUCCAAAAACAAAAAAAUCUAUAUAUUUUUUCUCAUUUUUAGUACACUAAUUAAGGCAAACAGCAAUUUCCUUUUUUACAGUGAACCAAAGGUACCAAAAGAGCUGUGGAACAAUAUAAACAAAAAUUAAACUACAUACUUUUUUUUUUGUUUUUGAUACACUUAUACAGUGUGGUUGUGGGGAUGGGGUGGGUGGGGGGCGGGGUAAAGGGGCUCCAGGGGCUACAAGUAGUCACGUGUAUUGAUAGACGUCAGAGAUCUUCCUCUAUGCAAAUCUGCCAAGCAAAAAAAAUCACGUGUAGGGAGGUGAGGAAAUACGUUCCAGGGCUAUACAAUAACACAAAAAGGUAGUGCGACGAGUACAAAGUGAAAUCUUUCUGAGAAUCUGUGAAUGUGCAGCAUUGAUAGGUUAAUGAAGGACAACAGGUGAGGGACAAAAAUGCAACCUAAGGUAAAGAUAGUAUAUGCAUUCCACUGAAUGGCAGGAUACAAGUGUCCAAUAAACAUAUAUGCCUUAAUAUUGUUGUGUUUGGACUUUGCAAUAAUCCUCUAAAAGGAGUGUUUGUCACCUUAUGGUGUUUUAAAUACAAUUAGGGGAUUUAAAAAAAAAAAAAAGAAAAAGAAAAAAAGUUGUGGCUUGCUUGUUAAAAUAAAAACGGUAUUCCACAUGUGUUAUGACUAUG